AUGCAGGCUGUCGCUACCCCUAAGGCUUCUGCCGUGCGCACCACCGUGCGCACCCGCCAGCCUCUGCGCGUGCAGGCCAGCGCUCGCCCCCAGCAGGCGGCCCCCAAGAAGGCCCCGGUGGUUGCGGCGGUCCUCGCUCUUGCCGCCACUGUGCUCAUCAACGCGGCCCCCGCCGCCGCCGCCGACGUGAAGUCUGUGGUCUGCGCCAGCAACCCCACUGCCAAGAUCUGCCUGAAGGGAAGCGCAAAGAACUGA